CGAUUCUGCUCUUCUUCUUCUUUCUUCCCGCUGCAGCCGAACAAAGCCCCCAAGCAAGCCGACAGCCCUCCUCUUGAGAAACCGAUGAGAUAAGCUUGGUUUUGGCCUUCUUUUCUUGUUCAAGAACCUGAUUUGGAACCCAGAAAUUCUCCCCCCUGCUGGAAAAUCCGGAUCUGCCUUGCUCUGUCCGCCGGCUGCUCUUGUUGUGGGGGGGCCGAAUUUCUCUGAUUUUGGGUAAGAAAUAGCCAUGAAUCUCCCUUCUCUAGCUUGAAUUGCCUUGGGUUUACCUUAAUUUCCUCUUGGUUCUCCAAUUUUUGGGUAGAUUGCGUGAUUCUUCCCUGCACUUGCCGCCGGCCUCUUACCCAAAUUGCAGCUCCGGCCUUGCUUGCUGGAUUCUGGUUUUUGAUCGUUCUGUCAAUUUAGCACUGAAAUUGAGUGCUCAAUUUUAUGCAAUUCGAGGUAAGUAAAUUUAUGGUAAUGCCCAUAUGGUUUUAAAAGCAUGUUUUGAUUUGUUUUUGAAGUGGUGGUGGGACUAAACUCGUUUUACACAAGCAUGACUGAUUUGAAGUGGAAUUUUUAUGCUUUUCAUUAAAUUGAGCAUGCCUACUUGAAAUUUAAUUGAUUGUCCUGAUGAUUUGAAAGUGAUUGGUGAAUUAUGAUUUUUGUGUUAACUUCUGCCUGUUUUGUCUCCGAUGUGGUCAUGUUAUUAGUGACCCUGCUAGUGGGGGAGUUUAUAAACGCUAGCACAUGUCGACAUGUAUUUCUGUAGAGCCGGUUCCUCUUGCCAGUGGGAGUUGUUAAACACUGGUAUUUCAGUGGCCCUGCUAGUGGGGAUUAUACACCAGCAAAUAGUGUGCUUGCCAGUGGGAGGUUUAUAACACUGGCCGUGGCCUAUAGAGGAGACGUCUAUUUCGUUCCCGUACUGUAUCCAUUUUGCGUGAUUGCACAUGUGGCAUGCUAUAAGUUUAAUUAAGGGCACUCCAUAUUUACUUACUGAGUGUAUCUCAUAGUUUUUUCUUGUCCACCAUUUCAGGAAGCGAAACCGAGGACGGGGAAACCAUGGGAAAUGACGAGUUAGAAAGCUAACCAUUUCGGGAUUGAUAUAGAUUUUAGAAACAAAUCAUGAUAUUGUAAACUAGAGUGUAUUUGGAGAUUUUAUGAUAUUAGAGUAAAUUUUAAGAUUUUGA